CAAACUAAACAACCCUUUGAUCGCACGAACGUCCUGCAAUCAUGGCACCAGGAGGUCCCCCAGGAGGCGCGCGUGGCCGAGGCGGCAAGUUCAAGAAGUUCACACGUGGAGGUGGUAAGCACUUCUCGCGCAAUCUACGACCGCUCGACUCGGACGGAAAUGAAAUUAUAGAAAAGCCCUCUGAUGCAUCCUCGUCCGAGGAAGACUCCUCAGAAGAAUCUUCUUCCGAGGAGGAAGAGGAAAAGCCCGCUAUGACCCGUGAGGAGCGUCGUGCGGCCGCCAAAGCCAAGAAGGAAGCUGCUAUAGCACGCAAACAGGCUAAGGUGGCACAGCCUGGCGAUAUGCCGUCUAGCUCAGAAGAUGAAAGCGAGGACGACGAUAUGCCAGCCAACCCAAACCAUUCGAAGGCAGCGAGGAACCAGGCGAAGGCCGCGCCAGUCAGCGUGGAUGAGGCCGCGGAAGGAGUCAAGGAGUUGAGCGUUGGAGGGAAGGGCAAAGGGAAGCCGAUGGCAGAGCUGAGUCGUAGAGAGAGGGAAGCUAUCCAGGCACAACAAGCAAGGGAGAGAUAUCAGAAGUUGCAUGAAGCAGGGAAGACGGAUGAGGCGAAGGCAGAUUUGGCUAGAUUGAAGUUGAUUCGGGAAAAGAGAGAGGCGGAGGCUGCUAGAAAGAAGGCCGAGAAGGAAGAACGAGAGGAGGCUGAGAAGGCAAAGAAAGCUGAGCUUCUGGCUCGUGAAGCGAGGAGAAGAGAGGCCGCGCUGGGACCCUCAAAAGGGAAGGGCAAAGCGGCCAAGAAGUAGAUGCAAGAAGUAGAACUCGCGUUGCACAUCUGGAUGUCUUUGGGUGAGGCUGCGUCUGCGUCUUAUGUAUCGUGGCGGCAUUCUUGGCAUAGACCUCGACUUUCAUGUUAUGCAUGGUUCUUUUCAUAGUUAUGGAAGAGAAUACCCGCCGCUGUGUGGAUCAUAUGAAAACUGUUUCUUUUGACUAUGGGUUUCA